UUGAGGUUGGACCUGGCUUAUUUCCGUUUGUCAUUCAACGAGACUACGCUUUUCAGUUAGCUUCUCCUCAGCUCAUCAAACUCGGGAGCUGAAUUUUCUUGCUGGACAUCAUGACACUGUUUCACUUUGGAAACUGCUUUGCCUUGGCCUAUUUCCCUUACUUCAUAACAUACAAGUGCAGCGGCCUCUCAGAGUACAAUGCUUUCUGGAGGUGUGUCCAGGCUGGAGCAACCUACCUGUUUGUCCAACUCUGUAAGAUGCUGUUCCUCGCCACAUUUUUUCCCACAUGGGAAGGAGGAGCCGGAGUUUAUGACUUUGUAGGGGAAUUUAUGAAGGCGACAGUGGACCUGGCCGACCUGCUGGGUCUGCAUCUUGUGAUGUCUCGAAAUGCCGGUAAGGGGGAGUACAAGAUCAUGGUGGCUGCCAUGGGCUGGGCAACAGCAGAACUUGUGAUGUCCAGGUGUCUUCCUCUGUGGGUGGGAGCCAGAGGAAUUGAGUUUGACUGGAAAUACAUCCAGAUGAGCUUUGACUCUAACAUUAGUUUGGUCCAUUAUAUCGCCAUGGCAGCGGUGGUGUGGAUGUUCACACGAUAUGACCUUCCAAAGAGCUUCAGGCUUCCUGUUACUGUGCUGCUGGCUCUCUGUGUCUACAAGGCCUUCUUAAUGGAGUUGUUUGUCCACGUCUUCCUGUUGGGCAGUUGGACAGUAUUGUUGGUGAAAGCCGUGCUGACUGGUGCCAUCUCGCUCUGCUCACUGUUUCUCUUCGUCACUCUGGUCCACAGUAACUAAGUACACCUCAGUACCCUGACUGAGCCUGCAGCAGUCUAUUUGGUCCAGACUGGACUUGCGUUUUGAUGAAUCAGAAGCUGACUCUCAAUACCCUUUCAGUUUACUUAUCACCACACAUCACCAAAGACUGCUGAAAAAAUGCCUGUUGAUAUUUGGUAGCUGGACUGGUCUGAUGUACAAACAAGGCCAAGCUACCAAAUGGUACGCCAACCAGUUCUACCCGUUUGUUUUAAUCAGUCUGUACGGACCGCUGAUGGAAACCAAGCUCUAAGGCUUUGUUUGCUUUCAGUCCAGCGGUUAAAACUGCAGGUUGAGUGGAGACAUAGUGGAAGCUUCCUCAAUGAUUGGCUUACCUAAGCUGUGUUGGUUUUUUAAAAGGUGAAUUUUGUACAAGAACAACCUCAAAUGAAUUGAGACUUUAACAAUAACUUCUUUCUUUUCUAUGUGUUGUCCAAUGAGCCAGUGUAAAUGCUUAGAAGAUAUAGUGAAGUGAAUUUAUAACGAUGAUAGUAAUAGUUCCUUGACAGUUCAUUGUGUGGCCACCAAUUCAUCAAUUUAUUUAUCCACAAGUAAAUAAUAUAAUAAGUUAAAAUGUAACUUGAGCAAGAUUUUUCUCAUAAUUGGAAAAAAAGACAUCUAAGAUUUAAAGUUUAACUCAAAAUCAGACUCACUGAAUGAAUAAACUGAAGUCCGUUCAGCAUUACGACCAUUUCAUGUUAAAUUCUAACAUAUGUGAUUUUGACAUUAAAGUAAUAAAAUUGUCUUUGUUUAA